UACUGGAAUAUAAAGCAACUUGAGCAGACUUGAAACCCUCAGUGUGUAGAUCAGAGGAAAUUAACAAACACAGGAAGAGCUGAUAGUGUUUAAAGAAAGAGUUGAGAUCAUAUACUGAAGAGAAAGACUGAGAGAAAGAGAAAAUGUCUGAUAAUAAUCAUCUGUGUCUGCUGGGACUGAUCUUUCUCUCUUCACUUCUCACAGGUGUCAGUGGAGUGGAUGAUGUUCAUGUGUUCAUCAGUUCUGGUGAAAAUGUCCGUCUGCCCUGUAAUAAUGCUCUUCUUGACUGUAACUCAACUACAUGGCUCUAUAACGGAUUCAAUCAUUCAGCAGCAGUUGAACUGAUUGGUUUAGGGAUAAAGAAGAAAGACACAGAGAGACAUGAGAGACUGAGUCUGGGGUCUGACUGCUCUCUGAACAUCAGGAACAUCUCAACAGAAGAUUCUGGAUCUUACACCUGCAGACAAUAUGUGAAUCACACAAAACAAGGACCUGAUGCUGGUGUUUAUCUGCAUGUCCUUCAUGUCUCAUCCUCACACACUGAGAUCAGUUCAGGUCUCUCUGUGACUCUCUUCUGUCAGCUGUAUUCAUAUCCUCGAGUCUCUUGUGAUGAUUGGAUCCGUUCUGAGAGAAUUGAUCUGUUCUGGGUGAAUCAGGCUGGUGUUAAACUGAUGAGAUCAGACUCCAGAUAUCAGAUAUCAUCCUCAUCAGAUCACUGUAUCAUCUCUCUGAAUAAAACACUCCUGAAUGAAGAUGACAACAGAGAGUGGAGAUGUGAAGUUACUCACAGAGAUCAAGUCAAGACCUCAGUCACAUACACUGUCAAGAGUUCAGUGAAUGUGACUAUGAUUGUUGUCGGCACUUCAUUCAUUCUUCUCCUUCUUGCUCUGAUUCUUUGGCUGAUGAUUCGUAAAAAAAGAUCUGCUGUCAGAAGAGCGACUGAUGACUCUGUGGAUCCAUCAUCCAGAGCUGGGAACAACUCAUUGUUUUGCGAGUCACAAGUACAUUUUGAUUCUUUGCAUUCAAGUCCCGAGUCAAGACGGACAAGUCCAAGUCGAGAUGAGCAGACAGAUGAUGUGACUUAUACUGAAGUUACUGCGGUCAGUAAAAACAGAGCCAAAAAGAACAAGGUUUGCUGUGAUGAUAAAGUGACUUACGCUUCCAUCGGAGGAGCAAAAGCUGGAGAUCAGGAAGACUGCAGUCAACUUUACGCUUCUGUAAACAAGAACCAUCACAAAUCAGGAAAAUAAUCAGAAUCAGAAUGAGCUUUUAUUGCCAGGUAUGUUUACACAUACAAAUAAUUUGUUUUAGUGACAGAAGCUCCACAGUGCAACAUGACAGGAUGACAGUAACAAGACAGGACACAGAUAAUAAUAAUAAUAAUAUACAAACAUACAAAAUAGACAAUGUA